AUAGCGCGCGUAGCGCGCGCCUGUGUGCUAGUCUGAAAAUAAAACGACUUAAAUAGUUCACUAUAAACGCAAUGUCCGGUCGCGUCACGUUUGCAAGGAACAUUAAACUGCCAAUGGCCUGAUGAUAAGGUAUAUUAUUACGCAUAUCGUUUUCUCCCGUUGAAACUAAACUUCUAAAUCCGCAGGAGUCUCUUUAACUUUCGCAUCUAACAUAUUAAAACGUUGCAAAAUGCGUUUAACAUAAGAGGAUCUGUUCAAACUUUAAUCGGAAUUAAGUUAAUCAUUUCGCACAAGUUUAUUCUCUUCCGCUUCCUUUCUUCUAAGUCGGUCCCCGGUGGAUCGAGUAGCUGGGGCUCGAUAGGGAAGGAAGGUUGAGGUCGAGGAUUAAACUUUAUUCGGCAUAUUUCGUCUUUAUUUGCGUUCCGAUAAAUUCAAUACAUAGAAUAAUGUUCGCGGAAUUUGGUGUUUUUCUGCUUCUCGGCAGGGCGAUAUUUUCUAUAUUCGAUCGAUAGCCGCGCCGAUACAAACAUCGAUACACCGCACCGCACGCGUCCCGCCUCACCAAGCUCGCGACAUCGUUAGCAGUGAUGCAAACUUCAUACCCUUAGCACCAUCGAUACUGCACCAUGGUGCUCACGCAACAAGCGCGAAUCCGUGUCCGUGUGCGCUCCGCGCUCGGCGGCGGCUCGGCUGAGCUCGACGGCGACUCGGCUGAGCUCGGCUCUGCUUCGGACAUUCCAUGAAGUGGGCCACGACGCGCUUCUUGUUGCGUGUUGUAAUAUUAAUAUUAAUAUUAAUUAAUUAAUAUUAAUAUUAUUAUUAAUUUAUUUUAUAGUCUUUAUAAAACUAUAAACUUUACACACACAAGCCGUAAACUUAUAUAUAUAUAUAUAUAUAGUAUAAAUUUAACUUCUUCAACGAUACCUAGUGAGGUUCAAUGCUUACUUCAAUUGGGUGGCAAUUUUUCUUUACCAAUUAUUAAUAAAAAGAAGUCGGUAGUUGAAUUUGUUAAAAGUAUUGAAUCGAAUACUGUUACGUCCAGGAGACUUCACGGUUCCUCGCUUCCAUAAUAAAAAUAUUAAAUUUAGAAAUAGGAAAAAGUAACAAAUAAGAACUAAACCCCACCAACGGAAAAAAUGACCGAACGAGCGCAGGGGGGCCAGGUGGACAGGCGUUACGCCAACCAUAAGGCUCGCAGCUUUUCCAAUCCCAACUGCGCUCGGCCGGAACGUCCGAUAGGUAAUAAACAACCAGAAUUAAGAGCUAAAAUCACUUAGCGAAGACAGCUCCAGAACCUGGAAAAGCGGAGCGGUACCCGCUGACGACAAUAAAAGUAAUCCACCACAAUUAAAUACUGAGAAAUCUACCAUACAUGGGGAGAUUCGAACUAGAGAUACGACGCAAAUGGACUAAUGGAAACGUGAGCAUGGAUUGCAAUAUGGUAAACGGAGUGGUCUUCACAAGUGCCGCACUUUAACUUUCAAGAACAAAAUCAUAAAUCUAUCGGAUGCCAGCUGCAAUUCGGGAAAACCAAGCGCUCCAAUAGAAAUGAAUUUGUUUUACUCUUCUUUUCUUCUGGGAAACAAAUAACCCCCACCUACGCUCUUUUAGCCCUAUAUAAAGGGAACAAUUUGGUCAGAGGUCCUCUUCAAUCUUCAGUUGGCUUACAACACAUAUCGUACUGUUUCGUUCUCGUGAUCGGGACAUCGAGCUUAAAUCUUAGAGUCAGUGUUGGACUCCACCCGAGGGACCUCUGGUCAGGUUGGCUCCCUCCUCAAACGCAUUGACGAUCAACUCCAUCCAAGAAGCGGUACCAGAAAAUGUCAAAUUUCAAUCGCGGACGCAGAAAUACCCCGACAGAAACACAGGCAGAAACUGUGACGUGCAGCCAAGGGACACCUUACACCGAUUCAGCACAAUUAAUAACCGAUUCAGCACAAUUAACAACCGAUAACACCGAGCGUUACUCACCCCUUUUUGUGAAUAUCCCGUCACCUGGAUCUAGCGUAAUCGGGAAUCCAUCUUCUUCUCCCAACCACUCCCCCCUUUCCCUCCUUGAGUUGUCUCCACGGUGGUAUUCACCCAUCCCCUCUCCUGAGUUCGGGCGGACCCCAAACUCAGCCAUCCCUUCCUCUACACCUGAACUAAGUACCUACCUUCCCUCACCAACUUCAGUCCUUGAGAACCUCGAUUUUUUCGGCCUGGCCAUCCCUACCAUUCCUACAUUAAGGGACUUUUCGCAGGGCGCUUUUCACCUAUUAUUGGAGUACUUCCUAGAUUUCUUUCCCACCUAUUCUCUUCCACUCCCUCCUACCACUAUAAUCUGCUGGCCAGGACCCAUAAAUAUUCCUGCUCUCAGGAUCGCAGUCGAAAACGCUGGUCCCGACACAUUUAUACCCUUUAUAACCCACCACCGCGUUCAUCCUGUAUUAAUCCCGGCGAUUUAUAUUAGAGAGUUUAUGUUUAAUUAGGACAUUUAAGUAUGAAUACGGUAGAUUUAUUUUAUUUAUCAUUAUAAUUUGAAAUAUCGAAUAUGUAUCAAUAGUAUAGAGAGUUUAAUUUUUGAAUUUUUAAAUUUAUAUAGAUAACCUAAUAUUACCUCCA